AUGACGGUCACCAGUCUGGUGAUGCAAAACCGUCGGAGCAAAGUCUCCGGAAAACCACCCCUGCGACUUCCUAUCAUCGCCCCCAAGGAGGAUGUAUUCACAGAUGCCUUUAGCAAGGCUGACAAGGGUCUGAUCGCGCCACCGCGUAUCCGCCUGCCUCCGCGGUCUCGGACGGGUUGCUGGACAUGUCGUAGUCGAAAGGUCAAAUGUGAUGAAGGACACCCGCAAUGUAAUCAAUGUACUCGUCUGGGCCAUACUUGCGAUUACCGCCCACGAUUGGCGUUUCGCGAUGAUACCCCUCGUAUCAUGGGCCGAAUGGCCGAUGUGAAGACGGAUGGUCAUGUUGUUUGGGAUCUCACCUCGCCAAGUUCUAUGGAUGAGAGGACCGAUUAUUUUUCUUUAGGAGACUCACUGCCACCCUUUUCGCUGCUUACUUCGGAUGAAGACCGCGAAAAGAAAGCAGAGGCCUUUAGUCCAGGCACGUACCAUGUGGUGAUGACGCCAGACAGUUUCUCGUCGCUGCCAGAGUAUGCAGACGAUCCAAAUGAGAAGUCUAGAUCCAAGGCCUCGAGCGAUUGUAGGAGCUCGGUGGCCAACAGCCCUACCAGCGCAGCCAAGAGUGAAUGCAGUGUCAGAGACGACGAUCCCAACGUGGUAAUCUUAAAGACUUUUGAAGAUGUCACUCGGCGCUCGCCCAAUGGCAAAGUGUCAAGAAUAUCCCCGACCUCGGAGAUCUCAGAUCCGUUCUGUGCUCUGUCGUUAUCUCCAAUCAUGCCUGCUCUCCCUUCACCAUCGGUGAAGCUGGAGAACAUAACCUACUUGAACGUUGACCAACAAAGUCAAGAUUCCACUCUCUUCUCCCAUUUCCGUCACGUCGUGUGGAGACAAUUGUUCCCUCAUGAUCACAGACUGGAUGACUCUUAUGGAUCUGACAGUCAUUUCAUGUCACUCAGUGUGGAUUUCCUUGAACAGGAAGCCACUCAUUUCCCUCCUCUCUCCCACGCUAUGAUGGCUAUUUCAGCCCUUAGUCUCUCGCACAGCGGCACAGGUCACAAUGUCGAUGCGCUACAGUACUAUCAGCAAGCUUUCCCCUCGCUCCAAGUCAGCCUACGGAACAACGACGAUCUAGUUUCAGACGGGCUGUUCCUAACCCAUUUCCUGCUGCUUAUCUACGAGAUCGCAGCCGCUGAGCCUCACGGCUCAAAUCUCUGGUCCCAUCACAUCUCUCGUCUUCUUCACAUCGCCUUCCUCCGUCGUUCUAAGUACGGCCAGGAGCCGUAUCCCUUCAUUCUGUGGUGGGUAUGCCACAUUGACCUCUACGCCCUGCUCAGUGGAGCAGGAGCUGGAGAGUUUGUUCGUGCUGUCAUCGACCACCAGAUGCUUCCUGGGUCAGAGUGCCUUCUCUACCCUACAGCUCCAGAGGGUUACAGUGUGAUCUAUUCCGAUGAACUCGACAGCUUGCCGAUCAUCAUGCGACUUUACCAUGACACAUUCCGGUUGGCCGCUCAGCUUGGGUUCUUGGCCACUCGACUUCGCGACGACAAACAAAAUUUACCGUUUGCCGAGUUUGACCAGAGAGCCCAAGAGAUUGCCGAUCUGCGUCAGGCCUUUGGGAGGCUGUGGGAGGCACCUGAUGUUGCCUUUUUGCACCAGCAUCAAGACAAUCUCCCGCGACGGUCUCGGGAAAUUCUCCAGCAGUCGGCAACACUAUACCAUGCUUCUCAGCUGUUCUCCUAUAGUAGCAUGUGGCCCGGGCAACGGGUUGAGUCUGAGUUCUCGCCAGAUGGGGAUAUUGAUCACCAUGUGACAGAGAUCCUGCGCCUGGCUGAGAAAACUACACACACUCGGCGAGCCGACCGUCACUUCCUGGUGUUCCCCUUAUUCCUGGCAGGCGCUACGGCAUCUGCCAGUGGUCUCAAGAUGAUGGCGAUGGAAUUGAUGACGAGUAUGGAGGAUGAAGAGGAUGGCAUGGGACGCAAUGCGGCAACCACCCGUGCCAUUCUUCAAAUCGUGUAUGAGCGACAGUUGGAACGACUCAUGCGUGUGGGUCACACAUUUGACGUAGAUUGGUCCGACUUGAUGACCCAGGAAGGGCUUCAGAUGGUGAAUUUCGGAUUUUGA